AUGACGAGGACAAAUGAGAGAAUAGCUUGUGAGAAGGUGACUGGAUUGAAAGUGAAGGCUUACUACAACUCCGAGAAGGUAAUUAGCCUCCCUCCAAGCUAUACGAGAGACAUUAUCCCAGCAGAUCGACAUCAUAUUCCUACUCCUGACACAGCAAGAUCCUUCAAACACUUGUCUAGGAUUGCCAAUAUGAUUGCUCCUCUUCAGGAUGUUGAAAUUGGACUCUUGAUCGGCUACGACUGUGCCAAGGCUCUAGCUCCUCGUGCUGUCAUCCACUCUCCUGACGAAAGAGGACCCUAUGCAGUCCAGACAGACCUAGGAUGGAGCAUUGUUGGGACGGUGAACGCAGGUUAUGUUGAAAGUCACAAUGAUCCCAUUGGUGUGAGCCAUCGUACAACUGUACGGAUGGUGCCUGAGGAGGUACAGUUGAAAGGUCAUCGCUCAGAAGUGAUCUUCACGCAUCCAGCUACUACGAAGGAAGAGAUCACCCCUCUUCAUGUUGUCCAACUUCUCGAAGCUGACUUCACUCCUGAUAAGAAGCAGAAACCCUAUUCCCAGAAUGAUUUGAAGUUUGUUAAGCUAAUGGAGAAGGAGAUUCACGUUUCAGAGAGUGGACACUACGAGAUGCCCCUUCCCUUCAAGGAGGAAGAGGUACCUGUACUGCCUAACAACAAGUUUGUUGCUGCCAAACGUUUGAACCACCUGAAGAAAAAGUUUGAAAAUGAUGCCACCUACUAUGACCAAUACCUACAAAAGAUGAACAAUCUUCUUGAAAAGAAGUAUGCAGAGAAGGUGUCCGAACCAGGUGAACCAGGCAAGAUAUGGUAUAUUCCACAUCAUGGAGUACAGCAACCAAAGAAACUGAGGGUGGUGUUCGAUUGCAGUUCACAGUUCAAAGGAGAGUGUUUGAACUCUCAUCUUCUCACUGGCCCUGAUUUGACCAAUGCACUUGCUGGAGUACUGUGCAGAUUCAGAAAAGAGAAGGUAGCCUUCAUGUGUGACAUCAAAGAAAUGUUUCAUCAGUUUCAUGUCAACAAAGAGUACCGUGACUACCUGCGCUUCCUCUGGUGGCCAGACGGAGACUAUCGUCGAGAGCCUACUGACUUCAGAAUGAAUGUGCACCUCUUUGGAGCUGCCUCUUCGCCCGGGUGCGCAAAUUUUGGAUUGAAGCAUAUAGCAACCGACAUGGCAGAUGAAAUAAGUCAAGAUGCAGCCAAGUUCAUCCAACGAGACUUUUACGUCGAUGAUGGGCUCAAGGCAGUAGAAACAGAAGAAGAGGCCAUCGAUCUGAUCUCAAAGACCAAGAAGAUAUGUGGACAUGGUGGUCUUCAUGUUCACAAAGUUGUCUCCAACUCAAGGAAAGUGCUAGAUUCAGUUCCAAAGGAAGAUAGAGCUAAAGAAGUGAAAGAAUUGAAUCUUCUACUCGAUCACCUGCCUGUCGAGAAAGCUUUAGGCGUGCAAUGGUGUGUCGAAUCUGAUACUUUCCGCUUUAGGGUGACCUUCCAAGACAAGCCUUUGACUUGGAGAGGUGUACUGUCAACCGUGGUGUCCGUGUACGACCCUCUUGGAUUGUUAGCCCCAUUGCUGCUUCCUGGCAAGAUAAUACUUCAGGAUCUAUGUAGAACUUCUGCCGCUUGGGAUGACCCCCUUCCAGACCUACUUCAAGACAGGUGGAAUAAGUGGAAAACAGACAUUCUCCAACUCGAAAGGGUCUCCAUUGACAGGUGUUACAAGCCGGAAGACUUUGGGGAAGUCAAGAAUGUCGAGCUACACCACUUCUGUGAUGCGAGCAACCUUGGUUACGGUCAUUGUACUUACCUGAGAAUGAUUAAUGGAAGGGGAGAAGUACAUUGUACGCUUGUGUUGAGCAAAUCCAGAAUGUCACCAAUCAAGGCAAUCACAGUACCAAGGCUGGAACUGACUGCAGCUGUUCUGUCGGUGAAGAUGAGCGCCUUUCUUCAAGCUGAGCUAGACCUCAAACUUGAUAGGGAGGUCUUUUGGACUGAUAGCCGAGUGGUGCUAGGCUAUAUUAAGAACGAGACAAGGCGUUAUCAUGUCUUUGUUGCAAAUAGAGUCCGCCAAAUUAGAGAUGAAUCAUCACCCAAUCAAUGGAGGCACGUCAGCACUCAAGAUAAUCCAGCUGAUGCCCCAUCAAGAGGACUCACGGUCGAUCAGCUUGAAGCAUCAAAGUGGUUCAUGGGUCCAGACUUCAUUUGGGAAAGCGAAAUUCCGGAAGAAACUGAGGAAGAAGCUACAGUCAUUCCUAAAGAUCCUGAAGUGAAAAGCAACACCCAUGCCUCAGUAAAAGGGGUAGAUGAGCUCGAGUUAAAGCGAUUUGAUCAUCUCUCUAGUUGGUAUCGAGCGAAGAGAGCUGUGGCGAACUGCCUCCGUCUCAAAUCAUACCUACAGAAAUGCUGCCAAGCAAGAGGAGAUGGGAAUGACAUCAAGAAAGUUGUGAUGGAACCUCUGACUACCGAACAACUUCUUCAUGCAGAGAAGGAAAUCAUAAGACUGAUUCAGAGGAGGACAUUUGAUGAAGCGAAAUCAUCAGAGAUCAGCAAGCCUCACAACGAAAGAGAAAGAAGGCGUCGUUGCAAGGAGACCAGUCGCUUGUGUCGUCUUGACCCAUUUAUAGAUGAUGAUGGCAUCCUUAGAGUUGGAGGACGUUUGAGGAGAUCUGACCUCUCAUUUGAAAGCAAACAUCCUGCCAUCCUUCCUCAAAUUCACCUGACCGAGUUAAUUGUAUCUCAGUGUCAUACUGAGGUGGCUCAUGGAGGAAGAGGCAUGACGACUAACCAUCUCAGAGCAAAGGGAUAUUGGAUCUUGGGUAGCAGCAACUUCAUCUCGAAAUUCAUCUCCCAAUGUGUAGUCUGUCGCAGACUUCGACAACCUCCACAAAUUCAGAAGAUGGCAGACUUACCUGAGGACCGUCUUUCCCCAGCUCCACCAUUUACUUAUGCUGGAGUUGAUUGCUUUGGGCCUUGGCUAAUAAAGGAAGGACGGAAAGAACUGAAACGCUAUGGUCUGAUAUUCACAUGUAUGGCAUCGAGAGGUAUUCACAUCGAAGUUCUACACUCCCUCUCCACCGACUCCUUCAUCAAUGGUCUCAGACGCUUCAUUUCUGUCAGAGGCCCUGUAAGACAAUUGAGAUGUGACAGGGGAACGAACUUUGUGGGUGCUGAGGCGGAGUUCAAACGAUGUGCUGAAUCCAGUGAGAAACAGGUAAAAGACUUUCUCCUGAAAGAGGGAUGCGACUUCAUCGCUUUCAAGUUCAAUGUACCUGCUUCUAGCCACAUGGGCGGAGUGUGGGAGCGGCAGAUCCGCUCCAUACGUCAGGUCUUAGAUGUUCUGCUACACCAGGCAGGCCAACAACUAGAUGACGAGUCGUUGAGAACUUUGAUGUGUGAGGCGGCUGCCAUUGUAAACAGUCGUCCGCUAACCACCGACCUCCUGAAUGAACCAACACAUGCCAUUCCAUUGACUCCUAAUCAUCUGUUGACUCAAAAGUCGAGGGUCAUUCUUCCACCCCCUGGUAGUUUCUCUCGAGAAGAUGUCUACGCGAGGAAACGAUGGCGGAGAGUACAACAUUUGGCAAAUGAGUUUUGGUGUCGAUGGAAGAAGGAGUUUCUUUGUCAGCUUCAGUCGCGACAGAAGUGGACCAAGCCACAUCGCAACAUGAGAAUAGGAGAUGUGGUAAUUAUUAAAGACGAUAACACUCCUCGCAAUGUUUGGCCUCUUGGAAGAAUCGUUGAACUGUAUCAAUCAAAGGAUGACUACAUUCGUAAGGUUAGGGUCAUGGUAGGAGACAGAAAAUUAGACAAUGUGGGAAAACGAAGUAACCCAGUGACUUACCUUGAUCGUCCCAUCCACAAGCUAGUUCUUCUUCUUCCGAGUGAAGACCAGGAAUAA